CUAAGUGUGGGGCAAAACGGUAAGGUCGAUAACGAUAGUGCAUCGCUUCGCAACACUGUUGUAGCUUGAAGGGAACGCUUUUUUCUUGUAAAAAAAAAUUUGCCCAACUUAUAAUAAAUUGCCAACAUAAAUUAACAUUGCCAUGUCGGAAAAUAAUGAAGCGUCGGUUGAAGCCAACUGCUUCAGAGGUGGCUUUACCUUGAAGGCCUCACGUUUGGGCGGCGCAGUGCUGCGGCCCGCCGUUUUGGGUGAUUCGUCUGUAUUAGGCUCAGUAGUGCAUAGCAAUAAUGCAAGCAGUAAUUCCAAUUCCAAUUCCAAUAACACUACAAUCAAUACGAACAAUAACAACAACAAUAGCUCCUCGACAUUAGCCGCUGCCGCUGACGCCGGCAGUAGCAGCCAGAAGACUGACGAAGUCACCGGCGCCGGCGGUGGCAUUGUGGGCAAUCCGUUUUUGCGGGAACAGCGGGAGGAGGAAGAUGAUGCGUCCGCCGCCGUGGUGGAGUCCACAGAGAAGUCCGAUAAGGAGGACGAUGAGAUUGAUGAGCGGCCGGAUCCGCUGACAAUGCUGCGCAACAAUGGUAUCGAGCAUCGCGCCACCAACAUAUUUGCUGCAGCCAAGACCAAUUUGCCGCGAAUGCAAACAAGUGGUUUCAUCUUUGGACAGAAUGUGCACGAACGUGUUGUUGGGGAGAAUGUGAGCACAGAGGCGAAUGCCGAAGCCGCUGUCUCGGACUCAACGGAAGCGACCUCAUCGCAGCUGCUGUUCUCCAGCGUCAUACAGCGAGCUGCCCAAUCGACAGACAACAAUAAGGAGACUUCAGAAGCCAAGAGUCUCAAUGAUGUGGCUCGUGAGUACGAAGAGAGUCGCGCCCAGAAACGCAAAUACGAAGAGGUCGAAACAUUCACCGGCGAGGAAAACGAACUCAAUAUUGCCGACGUCAGCUGCAAGCUGUUUGCUUUUGUUAACAGCAACUGGGAGGAGCGUGGACGCGGCAGUCUGCGUCUCAACGAUGCCAAGGACGAGCAGGAUUGCUCGCGCGUUGUCUUCCGCACCUCGGGCAAUCUGCGUCUGCUGCUGAACACGAAAGUCUGGGCUGCCAUGGUUGCGGAGCGCGCCAGCCAGAAGUCGUUGCGUCUGACGGCCAUGGACAACACGGGCACGGUAAAGAUCUUCUUGGCCAUGGGCCGCCCCGCGGACAUUGCCCAGGUGCACAAGGCGCUGAGCGAGCGCAUUGCCAAGCGCAAGCUAACGCAUCCCGAAGAGUGCGCCGUGGUGGAGACUAAGAACGGUAUUUCCUCGGAGUCGUGUGCGGUCAGCGUGCAGCCCGAGUCGACAACCAACGAUGACGAUGAGGAUGGCGAUGGCAUUGUUGAGUCAAUACCAAUUACUGCUGCUGCUGGUGGCACGACUAACGCUGCUGCCCUUGCCGAGGCGGACAGCAUUGAGCCGAGCCCCAAAAAGGCGCUGAUGCAGGCGGACAGUAGCGUGGACGUUGUUGUGGUGGCAACUCCCGAUGAUGCAACUGCCGAUAGCAAUGCCGAGGCCGAGGCACAGCAGCCCAAGGAACAACAUGCCUCGGCAUCCAUUGAGGACGAGGAGGAGGAUCGUGCUUAAGAUUAGUUUUUUUUUAAUGGCGGGCGAUAUUGUUUCGUUUCUUCCUUUCAUAUUAUUAUUAAUUUUUUUGUUUGAAAUAUGGAAAAAGAAAACCACACACACAAACACAAGUAAAGCAUCUACUAAUUAAAAUAAAA